UAGUACCAGUAGUAGUACCACCCUCUCCCUUCUUCCUCUACUCUUCUCUCCUCUCCUCUCGCAAGCGGUGCGGUGCGGUGCGUUCAACUCACUCCCACAAGCCAAUGCCAAUGCCAAUGCCAAUGCCAAAGCCUCUCAUUCCUCCUUCCUCACUGAAAUAGAGACAAAAACCAGCAGAAAUCUCGGUUCUUGAUCCUUUUUUUUCUUCAAUUCUUCAAGAAAUCAUUAAAAAAUUGGAUUUUUCUGGUGAAACAGUUGCUUCUGAAUCAAGUGUCUUCUUUGCUUCACUUGUAAUGCUUCCAAAGUGUUAUCUUUUUUGGGAUUUGGAUAUAUAGAUCUGGGAAAAGGGAAGGAGAGAGACAGAGAGAGAGAAAGGGGGAGCAAUGGCAACGUGGGAUCAGCUUGGAGAGCUGGCAACAGUGGCGCAGUUGACGGGGCUGGAUGCUGUGAAGCUCAUUGGAAUGAUUGUUAAGGCGGCGGCGACGGCGCGGAUGCACCGGAAGAAUUGCCGGCAAUUUGCGCAGCAUCUGAAGCUUAUUGGGAAUCUAUUGGAGCAGCUGAAGGUUUCGGAGCUGAAGAAGUAUCCUGAGACUCGUGAGCCUUUGGAGCAGCUUGAGGAUGCUUUGCGGCGAUCUUAUGUUCUUGUGGAUAGUUGCCAGAAUCGAAGCUAUCUUUAUCUUCUCGCCAUGGGAUGGAGUCUUGUGUAUCAGUUUAGGAAGGCGCAGAGCGAGAUUGAUCGGUAUUUGAGGAUUGUGCCUCUGAUUUCUCUGGUGGAUAAUGCCAGAGUUAGGGAAAGGCUGGAGUAUAUUGAAAGGGAUGAAUGUGAAUAUACAUUGGAUGAAGAGGACAAAAGGGUCCAGGAGGUCAUUCUUGAUCCUAAUCCUUCAAAAAAUCAUACUAUGGUGCUCAAAAAGUCCCUUUCUUGCAAUUACCCAAACUUGUCAUUGAAUAAAGCACUUCAGAAAGAGAAUGAGAUGCUGCAAUUAGAAUUGCAAAGGUCACAGGCCAACAUGGAUGUUAGUCAAUGUGAAGUGAUUCAACAUUUACUUGGAAUGACAGAAACUGUGGGCUGUUCAUUAUCCGAGAAAGAUUCAGACCUCAAAAGUUCCAAGAAGAUAGAGCCAGAAUAUUUAGAUUCAAAUUAUGAUAAAGUGUACAGUUACAAUGGGAAUUACAAGAGCAAACACAGUGAACCUUACAUGGAUUCAAGAAAUGCUUCUCCAGUUUCAUCACAUGGGCAUGCAGAAUGGCAUUCGGAUCUGCUUGAUUGUUGUUCAGAACCUUCCUUGUGCUUGAAGACUUUCUUUUACCCAUGUGGCACCUUCUCUAAGAUUGCUACAACGGCCAACAAUAAACACAUUUCUUCAGCAGAAGCCUGUAAUGACAUAAUGGCAUAUUCAUUGAUACUCUCAUGUUGUUGUUACACCUGCUGUGUCAGAAGGAAUCUGCGCAAGAAGUUAAACAUCAAGGGAGGGUCCUGUGAUGAUUUCCUGUCUCACCUCAUGUGUUGUUGCUGCUCACUUGUUCAAGAAUGGAGAGAAGUGGAGAUUCGUGGUGCCUAUGGCGUGGAGAAGACGAAAACAAGCCCACCUCCAUCCCAAUAUAUGGAGUCAUAAGCAGCAUUGGGCUUUCACUUACAAAUCAGAAUGGUAAUUUGGAACUGCAACGGUUUGAUUUUUCUGUCAAAAAUCUCAUUGAUACAGUUGCAGGAUAAUAAGAAUGUCGUAUUGUAUUGUACCGUAUUAUGUUGUAUAUUCAUCGAUAACGUCUUGUAGUAGGUUCUCUUUGUACAUGCUGUGCGAUCAAGUUUGUGUAUCAAUGUAUCAUA